AUGGAUCACAUCGUUUCGGACACGCUCUUCCGCGAAAUCAUCAGAUAAGACAUAAUUUUGAGUGUUCUGUACUCCUGUGACUUAAUUAACCACUUUUCUUUGGAUUUGCCUCACUUUUCUCCUAUUGACUUCUUGUUAUCUCGUAAUUGUGAGACAUCGUAGAAUUAUUUGCUCGACAUUUGUGGGACUUGAUCAAUUUUUUGUGUCUUUGUAUUGGACUCUGUGAGUGUUACCACUCUGAGAAUCAUCGUCCAGAGAGUUCUUCUUCAGUGGCAAGCGAAAAGUUCAGUGAGACACAUCAGGCACACUCUACGGCUGUUCAUGCUUUAUCGCACAAGAUCGAAUUUUAUGUGGCCUUUUAUCUCGUGUGAUACUCUGUGAUAAAUCCUCAAGGAUGAUGCAAUCGCGAGGAUCUGGAAUUGCAAUCGUUCUUCUCUUUAUUGUGAUUGUCUGUGGGUGUUUUGUGCCAACAAGUGCCAAAGAGUGCUAUAAUAUAGACAUUCGCAACAAUGUGGGUCAAUUUGCCAAAUUGCAAAAUUGUACAGUCGUGAUCGGUUACCUCAAUAUUGUCCUCCUGGAGCGAACCACCGAGACUCACUUUAAGAAUCUCACCUUUCCCGAACUCAGAGAGAUAACCGGCAUGUUGGUCGUCUUUCGAGUGUACGGAUUGAAAACCUUCAGGACACUCUUUCCGAAUUUAACAGUCAUCCGCGGAGCUCAUCUUCUGGCCAAUUAUGCUCUGGUAGUGUACGAUAUGCCGCAUCUGGAGAAUCUGGGCUUCAGAGCUCUCCUCUCCGUUCAACGUGGCUACGUGCGAGUGGACAAGUGCAUCAGACUCUGUUUUGUGCACACAAUAGAUUGGAAUAAAAUCACAGGGACGAAUGGCGGAGGCAAUUACAUUCAGAAAGACAUUAUGCCCACGUGUCCCGAUGGAAGGGUGGCUUGCAAAACAUGCGAACGAGACUUAUGCUGGAACACCUUUAAUUGCCAGAGAUUCGAAGGUGUGGAAUCGAUGUUUCCUCAUCGGUACAAGGACUGUGACCCAAAGUGUCUCGGGGGAUGCAUAGAUGGGAAAUGCGUCGUCUGCAGAGUUGUGACGGACAACGAUAAUUGCGUGGACUCUUGUGACCCGCCAAAACUGCUGGACAAAUUGUCACAGCGUUGUGUGGAUGGAUCCAAGUGCUACGCUGAGGGCAAAAUAGUUCACGAUGGAAAGUGUCUUGAGGAAUGUCCCAUUGGAUUUAUGAAUGUCACCCACAAAUGCCAGAAAUGUAAAGGCCACUGUCCCAAAACUUGCUACGGUAGCCAAAUAGAUUUUAUUGAAAAUGCUGAGAAACUUCGCGGAUGCACCAUCAUUAAUGGUUCACUCCAGAUCAAACUGAAUACAGACAUGGCUCAAUUGCUGGAUGAACUGGAGGAGAAUCUGGGUGCAAUCCAGGAAAUUCACGGAUUUCUGAAAAUCUACAGAUCGGCACCAAUUUCUUCGCUGAAAUUCCUGAAGAAUCUCCACACAAUUCACGGUGAAGUGCUGGAGAACAAUCAAUUUGCGCUUAUUAUAUAUGAAAAUAGCAAUUUGCAAAAGCUUUUCGACUUCAGCUAUAAUCGCGAUGAGAUGAAAAUUCUCAAUGGUGGCAUGUUGAUUCACUUUAACCAGAAAUUAUGCAAUUCAGAGAUUCAGAGGCUACAGAAUCACACCACCUACAAUAAAACUCUCGAUUACAUCAGCGCAGACUCCAAUGGAUACAAGCAUGCUUGUGAUAUGGACACUAUCAAAACGGAUUAUGAUGUUAUUUCCACCUCUAAUGUGACGAUUUACUGGGAAAAAUAUCAUGUGGAUCACAAAGGGGAUGAUGACAACAUUUUAGCAGGAUAUCUCAUUUACUACAUCGAGGCUCCCAAGACUGACAUCACCACCUAUUUCGGGAGGGAUUCCUGCUCCAGGCACAGCUGGAAAUCGGAAUUAAUAGAUUUGAGCAGCAUGAACUUCGACGACGUGAAGGGGAUGUAUGCCUUCAAUUUAAGCGAAUUGAAGGCAAGCACCCAGUACGCAUUCUAUGUUCGCUCCUACCUAUCAUCGGAGGGUAUCAAUGCCCAGAGCAUUAUCAAAUACUUCAAGACGACUAUCGACAAACUCUCCGCGCCAUCAGUUUCCACCAUAAUGAAGACCAGUGACUCAGUUACUUUGGGCUGGGUAAUGCAGUCCUCUCAAAUUCCCCUCAUCGCCAACUACUACAUAGAUGUCUACAAGCGGCCGUACUCGAAGGAAAGCCUGGACACGAGGAAUUAUUGCAAACACCCGCGAACUGAGGACACCAACGAGGACGACUACCCGGCCAAGCACUGUUGCUCGGAUCAUGAUGAGGAGACUUAUCAAAUCCUGAGGCGACACACGAGUUACGAGACCAACCUCAAUUGCGAAGAGGAUCCCUUCCAGCCUGGCUGCCACUUGUUCGAGUACGAUCGUUUCAAGCGCGAACUGGAGUUCCUUGUGACCCAUUGUCACCUCUAUCAUGGUCAAAAUAGUCCGAUAUGCCGGAGCCCUAACAUCAAGUACACUGGCAAGAGGGAAGGAAGCAUAGGCGAUGACACUGGUUUUAGGAUCUUCGUGGAUAAACAUCACACCAACUUCACAGUGCCCAAUCUAGCGCCUUACACUCUCUACACUUUCCAAGUAUUUGCUUGUCAGGAUCUGUAUGAUUGCGGCCCGUACUAUUCGAUGAACGAGCGCACAACGAUUGAUAUUGUGGCAGAUCUCACAAUGAACUUCAGCAUGAUCGACGAGCCAGAGGAGAAGUCGGUGGAGCUCAUGUGGCUGGAGCCUCUGGUCCCAAAUGGACUCACGGUGGCGUACAAGGUAGAGAUGCGACGCAUGGAAGGUGGCGAGCAAGAAUACGAGACUGUCUGUAUCAUGCGCCGAGAUCAUGAGCUCAACAAUAAUAUUUUCAAGUACCACACAUUCGACAUGACUCCCGGAAUCUAUGGGUUUCGAGUCAAGGCGAUCUCUGUGGCGAUGGACGGUCCCUGGUCUGAAUGGGUCUUCUACUAUGUGGAGGAGAAGCACAUGAGCACGGCCACGAAAGUGGCUUUGUCUGUCGUAGGGAUUGGCAUCCUGGCUAUCGCUGUAUCUUGCGGACUUUUCUGGUGGACCAGGCAUCAACGGAAAUCGAGCAAAGCGGAAGACACCGUCGUUCUGAUGUCGGCCAUCGAACCACAGCAGUCCGAAGACGACAACUUUCUAGAGAUGCGGGAAAUUAUCAGAGAAAGACAGCAAGAGGCAGAGCAAAGUCAGGCUGCACAGGCGGAGAGACAAGAAGAAGAAGAGCCUCAACCAGGUCCGUCACGACCGCCCCGGCCAGCGCCCAAACCCGUUUCUCCCGUCAAGGGAUUUGUCUGCAAAUUCCGUCUGGACGAAGGAGACGAUGAAGAGUCAGACGAUGAAGGCAAAUACAAGGCUCGUGUGAUUUUCGAGUAGAGCUUUUCUUAUGUAUAUUGAAUUCAAAUGUUUUAUGAAUGUUUUAUUACUCGCAUUUCAUUCCUGCAACUCAAUACCUCAGUUUUGUAAUAUGUGUACUCUUCCUUCUCAAUGAGAUUACCAAACAUGCGUCUAUAAAACAUUGUAAGAAAGAAUAUAACGAAGCUUUUAUGAAAUUGAAUAAAUUCUCCUAAAUUAA